ACCAACUAGUGGCGAUGGCGUGCAACGCUGACGAUGAGGGCAUCCCUCUGCAGACAAUGGGCGCCACUGCCCAUUCUGGAGGUGCCCCUACAAAUUUGGAUGUGGAGAUUGCUGAUAUAAUUCCUAAUCUCCCAAAUCAGAAUUCACGCCACUUACGGAUGCACGUUGCAGCUUUUUAUGACUCCUAUUGCAACCUUAAGGCCAGGUUAGGCAAACGGAUAAAGGAGCGUGUGAUGCGUUUCAUGCGCCAUGAGAUAGAUCGCAAUAAUGCCGGUGCUCCAUCUGGUGGUCGGGAUGUUGAGGGUGGAAAUGCUAGGCGUGCUUCUGACGUUACAUAUGAUUCCUUAAUUCUUAAGAUAACACUUUUCCUUGGGUUUCUACUCCAGUAUCCCAUGAUGUGGUUUGUUGGCAGUGUUUUAUUCUGUGCUGGCAACACUACCAAAUCGAGCGUGAUGAAGUGGGGAUGCGCAAACAUGUUUUUAUCAACUCUAUCUAUAAUCUACAGUGUAACCCAGGCGACGCAUCGGUUCCCGGGCGCAACCAUUUUGGAUACUACUAUCCAUUAUGAAUAUGAAUCGAGUCCAACCGAAGAAAUUUGGUCAUCAACCAUUUUGGACUCCGACUUACGUGUAGACUUCAAGCGCUUUGUAUUCCAGGAAGACCAGCUAUGGGAGCCGUCUGUUGAUUUGAAGCCGCGUGGUGACUAUGAAGCCCUGUCAUUAGGUGGUAAUGGCAACUUAAUUGAGUCGCGUGAUUUUGAGGGCAUGGGCCAAAUAUACAUUGAGAAAAACCAGGAAGUACACCUAAAUGGCUAUGUCCAAGUUGGUGCUAAAAUGUCGUGUGAUAAGGUUAACACCAGUGGUGAUGUGCCACAUCGGUAUAGUGGUUCCAGGGAAUUUCCCGUUGUGUACCUACCGCAUCACGAGCCUAUAUUUGACGUUGGUUUCCGUUGUACUGAUGCCAAUUACAACGUGUUGUGGAUAGGCGUCAAUGCCCAUGAGGUAAAGGACAAUUACAUGCAGAGCACGGUGUUCCAUAUAUCAUAUAUGCUAACGUGUACCCUGGCCUACGUGACCAAUGGCUCACGACCUACUGUACACGAAGUGUUUCUCAAGACGCUUUGAAUGA